AUGUGGGGCCGAGUCUGGGUCUUGCCGCUGUGCACAGUGAUCGUGGUUAUAUUGAGCGCGCCAUCCGCCUCCGGCGCGCCUUGUUCUUGUGGCGGACCAACAUCUGACGCCCCGCUCGAUACGGCCAUCGACGUGUUGGAAUGCGGCUCCGAUGGUGAUGGUCCUCUUCAAUGCGACGAUGGCGUGGUGUGCGUCUGCAAUCUCAGCCCUGAGGUUGCGGUGACCAACCUGUUCGAAGUAAUCAAUGGGGCACCCGCCGAGAUAGAGUGGUACUGCGAACACGAUGGCGCCGAUGGCCACUGCUCACUCUUACGAGUGUACCGCCGACAGUGACUGCACCGCAGAUGCUGACCGCCCAAGCUGUUGUCCGGAGACUGGCCUCUGCUCGUUUGAAUCAACCGAUGGCAGCGCUUGCGGUGAUCCACACAUGACUGGCUUCCUAGGCCAGAAGUUCGACUUCGUUGGCCAGGACGGUCAGUGGUACUCCGUAGUUUCGGACAUGCCGAGUCUCGAAGUCAACAUGCGCGUAACCACCCCUGUUCCAUCCUUGCCUGAGAUCACGUACAUCACCGGAAUCGGCAUCAAGACACAUGACUCUUACGGAUUGGACCACACCAUAGUCAUCACGGUGACGGACCCGCACAGUCUUGAUAGCGCCUGCCCCGUAGGAGGCUCGACGUGUUUGGCAGACGGCGCUCUGACCGUGGAGCUCGAUGGUGAAGUUACUCUUCUUUCUCCUGGAGAGGUUCAGCUCGCACCAAAUGUGGCAAUUUCUGCGGUCAACCUUCCUGGGGCCUGCAGGUCUUUCGGGUUCGAGAAGUACUGGGAGCGCAAGAAAGAAGAAUACGCUCGUGCAGGCCGUCUUCUUUCCUCUCGCACGAAGAUGCAGCAGAUGUCCGACUGGAUUCUUGGUGACCCUACAGCGACUAACAUGGCCGAGUGCACGGAGUACGUGAUGAAAGCGACGGAAGACGACCCGACUGGUUUGUUCGAGCAUGAUUCGGAACACGUGUCGUUCCAAAUCAUGACCCCUAAGGGCAAGCUGCGCCUCAGCCACGGCCGCCUCCACCAGCUUGCCAUGCGUGACCCGACGGAUCGGUUCGAUCUUCCGGAUCACCUAACCUGGCAGAUGAACCUCGCCUUUGACCACGUUGACAUUUCUCCUCAAGCCACGGGUAUCCUCGGCGAGACCCAAGUUCCUACUCUUGACGUGGACGGCAAUCCCAUCAUGCAGGGCAUGUCCGCUAUCCGUGGGCUGGAAGACGACUACCUCGUCGAGGGCCCUGUGGAAACCAAGUUCACCGCAGCCCACGUCCACGCCUAGGUCAUCCGUCGGCCGAAGUCUUGGGGAUUGUGCCCUAUCCAAUCUCACAUUUUGUUGUAAUAUUCGAUUCUGUUUUUUUUGCUGGGUUCCCUUGAGAACGACCCGUUCUUGGGCGUAAUACCAAGGGCCGCUUUAAUUAAAAUAGUGAGGACGCAGAGCCCACUCAUCGUGUGGUGUAGCUUUGUGAGAGCGGUGAAUUGCCACAAUUCGUGGCUCUUCGCAUUUUUGCCGGCAAGUUGCUUGUGGCUCCAGGAUGGUUUUCUGAGAAGUCGUUCUAACAGUUUUUUGUGUUGAAAUGCCACCAUCUUUUGUUGCGAUACUUCACGUUAAGUCAAAAUCGGGUACGUGCGGUGCAAAGCUUUUAAGGCGACUGGAACUGAGGCUUUUCUUGGUACACGGUUGUCUCUGUAAGCCCCAUGCCGAUUUUAAGUUUGGCAGAAGUUGGCCUUUUUCAGCCCUGGGCAUCGAUUAAGCCUUGCCGAUUCUUCUAUGUUUUGCAAAAGGAUGUUGUCCUAUUUCAGCCCUGGGCAACGAUUGACCCCCACCCACCAAGAGGCGGGCGGCCAGAGUGUGACCCAUCUAUUUUAUGGAGUAAACGUAGGACUACUAGUUGACGGUGGAGACUUGAACACGCAAUCGAUAAUGUGCUAAAUCAAGUGUGUGAAUGCGUAGAACAAAUACAUGACAUAUCACGUUACCUACC